AUGACUCAUGGGGAGGAGCCUGGCCCUGAAACACACACGGAUUCAGCUGUUCUAACUUAUCUUGAAGGUUUACUGAUGCAUCCCGUGGCGGCUGGGCCUGGGGCCACGGCAACCCGGAGAUCGGAGGCUGCCCACGGGCACGGCAACCAGGUGGAGCAGGUCAACAAAGCGGCCCGGCCCUUCCAGCUGCCCAGCCACAGCCCUGCUAUCGCCGCUGUUCAGAAGGCCGGCAAUGGGAAUGGUCCCACGCUGCACCAUGGGGCCUCCCAGAACCUGAAGAAGGCCCGGCUGCUCCGCUCAGGGCCCUGGAACGAGCCUGGGGCCCAGAGGCUGAGCUCCCCCCCUGUGGAGCUGAACGGCCAGGGGGGAGGAGGAGGCCUGCAAAACGGGGCUCUGGAGGGCUCUCCUCACGCUGGGGAGAGCACGCUGCUGGCCUCCCUGCUCCAGUCAUUCAGCUCCAGACUGCAGAGUGUGGCCAUGUCACAGCAGUCCACCAAACCCCCCAGCGAGCACUCCCCGCCCACCGAUCUCCCUCCUGCUGCAGACAAGGAGCCUCUCCCCUGCUACGGAAUGGCCUCCAGCCGCCUCAAGGGCCUGAUGAGGAAGACCAAGCUGAAGAACCACAGCAGCACGCCUUACAGCCGGCGAGGCCACAGCCACGGCCACAGCCAGGAAAGGCCCUGUGAGUCCCCCCGCUCGGUACAGAGCAGCACGCCUCCCUCCACCCCCACCGCUGCUUCUGCUGCCACUGAUGCUGUGUCCUGUGCUGAACGGCUCAAGGCUGUGGCCAACCUUGUGAAGAUCCGCUCCAGCCCUGCCCCCUCGCCCAAACCCAGUGUGGCUUGCAGUCAGCUGGCCCUUCUGCUGUCCAGUGAGGCCCACCUGCAGCAAUAUUCCCGGGAGCAUACCCUCAAGGCCCAGCUCUCCGGACGCUCCGCCAGCGAGAGGCUGGCCGCCAUGGCAACGCAGCAGACCCAGGACAAGAGGCCACCCAGCGCGGGAGAUGCUCCGCCCACCAGCGCCACCACCACCGCCCUAGACGCGCUAAGCUCCUUAACCACCCAAAACGGAACAACGUCAACAACACUCCCCCGACUGGCACUAAACUCCAGCUCCAGCCAGCGGAGCCCCUCCUCCCUGCUGCCAGUCCACAGCUCGCCACAUCCAACCCCCCCUCCUCUGCCCCUCACCCCCAACACCCAGACCCAACCCCAAACCCCCACUAGGGAAAAACGGGGAUUUGACUCGCGCCCCGCCAGGCCCCCCCAGACCUGCAGCAGCCUGCUCUUGCUGCUCCUCAACAACCACAACAACCAGAAGCAGCUAACUAAGAACGGGCACCUGGAGGACAACUGCAGGGUCCUGCCUGCCAGCCGCGGCUCCUCCGUCACCUCUGACAGUGAGUGCUCUGUCCAGGAGAAAAGCCUGGCCAAGAGAGAGGAGAGCUACAGCGAUGCAGAGAUCUCCUUCUCCAGCUGCUCUCCUAUUGACCUCUCUAUGAGGAGCAGGGCCAGCACCAGAGCUCCAGAGACCAGGCCUAAAGCCACCUCCUCCUCCACCUCUGCUUCUUACUCCUGCUCUUCUACUGCUUUCUCCUCCAACUUUUCUUCUGCUGUUUUCUCCUCUGCCCCCACUGUCUUUUCUUCCUCCACUACCGCUUUCUCUUCCUCCUCUACCGUUCUCUCCUCUUCCUCCACCACUUUCUGUUCCUCCUCGUCCUCGUCCUCGUCCUUAGACAAACUCACUGAGUCCCUGCUAAACAAGUGGAAGCCGGAUCCUUCCAGGCUGAAAGUCCCCCAGGUUAAGAAGGAGCUUGAAAUGAGCCCAGACCUUAAGUCCCAGCCCAAGGUCACUCUCAUGCAGCUCCUUCUGGAGCGCAGGAAUAACGACAAGGUAAACAAAAUAGUCGUUAAUCCAGAUUUGCAGCAUGACGCAACCCUGUCCAGUCUGUCACGGAUCCCACUUAAAUCACUGGCCCCCUGGGAGGAAGUCAGGACACAGAGCCCUCUGGACAGACCAGGCCCAGGCCCUCCCAUGUACUCUCUCAGCCGAGACCCCAGCAGCACCCCGUCCCCGUUCUCCUACCCCUCUCCCCAUGUCCAGUCUAGCCCUCUGGAUCUGUGUAAGUCUAAACCCUUCCCUGUUGAGAAAGCUGCAGCUGAGCCGGCGUUCAGCGCCAGUAAACUGUUACAGAACCUGGCCCAAUGCGGCACUGCCUCACCCUCCCCGCCCAUGGCUCCCAGCAAAGUACCCAGCCAGGAUCUGGAGGUGGGUGGUGGCAGGCCUUUGGCCCUGCUGGAGAGGCUCAACGCCCCUAUCCAGAGGAACACAACAAGUACCCCCCUCUCAGAUGGGCCCUCAGGCAGCGGCACACCGUCGUUCGGCCGUUGGGGGGAAGUGUCGCCCCCCGCAUCCCAGAUCGAGAACCUUCUGGAGCGUCGCACGGUGCUGCAGCUCCUGCUGGGAACAGGUUCCUCCUCUGCCUCCUCCGUGGCCUCAGCCACCCACAGAGACAGGUCCGGUGGGAGGCGCAGUGUGGAGACGGCGGUGGGUGGCUGCUAUGAGAAGCACCCUGGCACUUCUGUCAUAUGUGACAACUCCAACGGGCCCUCGGCAGCAGACGUCAAGGUCAAAACUGAACCGGGGGAGGAGGGCCUGGACCUGUUGUCCUCUGCUGUGUGUGAGGAAGUGACGAGCCGAAAGAGACGGGGAGGAGGAGGAGAAGGUUAUCACUACAGGCAUAACCCAUUCUCUGAACCCCAGCAGGACCUAAAAACAGAGCACCGGCCCACAGAGGUCAUUGCUAAAUAUGGCCUCCUGAGCCAGCUCCUAAAACAGCAGAGUGCUACCUACUACACCAGCGCUGCACAGCUACACACAGAUCGCCGGCCCAGCCCUGUCCAUGUAAAGGAGGAGCAGAGAGACUACCACCACCAGGGGCCCAGCCCUAAAAAGAGACGGCUCUGCUCGGAGCUGGCUGAGAGCCUGAACAAUGGCAGCCCUCAGAUGGCAGUAGUGGACAGUGGAGGCAGCUACAGGCACAGCAGCCUGGUUCACAGUCUGGUCCAUAAGCAGAUACAGGAGGAGCCUGACUACCACAGGGCCCUGAGGGGCCCUAAAGAGGAGGAGACCCCAGCCAGGAGCCCCAGCAGUGAAGCUCUCCUCCCUAGGGAGAGCCGGGGCUUCAAUGUGCUCAAACAGCUGCUCCUGUCUGACAACUGUCUGAAGGAGCUGUCCCAGCAUCCCCGUGGGGGGCCCAGCCCCUCUGUUCUGCAGGCCAACGGUAAAGCCAAUGGGAGCGUACUUAACCUCAAUCAGCCGGGCUACAAUCACCACGACCUCCUCAACUUGCCUACCCUGCCCUGGCACCACCCCAACCCCCACAGCUCCCUCAAUUCAGGGCCCCCCAGCCACCUCAGACCGCUGCCCACUCCCCUGACAGGGGACAGCAGCCAACGCUCCCCCUGGGGGCGCCACACAGCCCUCCCACCCCACCAGGACUCGCCCAAACGGGACUCCACUCCAGUGAAACGGGAACCGGAGAGCCCGGUGCAGUGGGCAGGUCGGGACCGGGAGGAGGAGGGCUCUGAUUCGAGCCCAGACUCCCCCCGGCUGACCCGCUCCAACCCCAUCCUGUACUACAUGCUGCAGAAAGGCAGCGCUCAGCUGAGGAGGGAGGGGAGGGACCAGGCGGAGGGGACUCAGGGGUCAGGGCCAGGGGUGAGGGUGAAGGAGGAGCCGGGUACUAACAGCAAUGAUGCCUACAACCACAGACUGAGCUCCACCAGCACCUCCACCCAGCACUCCUCCCUGUCCCCUCCCUACAACAACGACAAGCAUAGGCUGAGCGACUCAUCUGAUAAAUGGUAG